AUUAAAUGGUUUAGUAUGUUUCUGGUAGUAGAAAUAGUCAAUGAUAAGGGCGAAAAGGAGUGGAAGGUAGCACCCAAACGAUGGGUGUGCACAACGAAGAACUCCCGGCGAACGGUUCUGUUGUGGCCACGUGAAAUGUUAGCUGAACGGCAAAUGCACCUGGCCAAAGAGGGAGUAUGCAAACCGAUGAAAAGUUGGAGCCGGCAGGAAUGUAUCGUGAGGCAAGAGUGUUCGACCUACGAUGGGGCAAAUGCUGCAUUGCAAAUACAGCAACAGUCUGAAGUACACCUUAAAUCCAUGGGCGCAUCCGGCGUAGUAGCACCGGAGCCAUCAGCAAAACAAGACCUUCCGGAGACUAAAACAUCAAUGCUGGCCUCUAUUAAGACGAUGGUGGAAUCUCUAACGAAAAGACAUGCGUGCAUCGAACAGCUAAAUGCUCGAAUCGUUAAGCAAAAUGCUAAAAUUGAAGCGCAAAAUAUUCGUAUAGAAAAUGAGAGCGUUGAUUUAAAGAAAACCCUACAAGUAAUGCAUAAAAAGCUUGCCACACUUGGUUCGCAUCAGACCCAUACUGAAGAUUAUUCAACGCAAAGUUCAUCAUUUUACAUUGAGCCGUCGAGAACCUUUGUGGAGCUAAAUGACUUAGAAAACAUGUUGAAUGAUGAGGCGUUUCAAUCGAAAAUGGUUGCAUAUGCGGCAUUGGAACAACAGCGGCUGUUAGCAAAUCAGAGCUUACCUGAAAAGUCAUGGACUACUCUCGGAUGUGUUGUUAAACGCAAAUUUAAAACAAUUGAAGAAGUGAAUGCAGCCAUAGAGGACAUGUCUGGUAUGUCUUCGAGCAGCAUGUCGCCUGGACCUAUGCCCGUCCAGAAAAAAAAUAGGACGAAGAAAGUGGACUUCAAUCAUGAAAUCAGAGAAAUAGACCGCUUGACUCAACCACGGAUCGAACCAUCUGCCAAUACAUCCAUUAUAACAGCCUCAGCAGACACAGCAUAUCCGACGACAACAAGAGAACGGACAAGUACACCAACAAACACCAUGGAAGAUAUUUGCAACAGAUUACAAGAAAUAACAACCAGCCAACAGCAAAUACAAGCCAGCAUGAAUAUGCUGACGAACAGAAUAGCCCGCAUGGAAAAAUCAGUGGCUGAGGCCUUGGCAAUUUUUCCAACCAUUUUGGAGAAAAUUGAAGCGCAACCGAGUCGAAAGGAGCCAAAAUUUUCAUUCAAUCCUAUUGGUUCUAUUAAAGAGCUGGAAGAAUUAGAAGGAAGGCUUAACGAGGAAAAUUAUAAACAAGCGAUGAUAAAUUGGCUCGAAUGGAACGUUAAUGGGGAACGCUCGGAAAAGCGAAUGGCCAAAAGCUUAGAUUUGUUGUUCUCCGAAGCAAUGCAAGCAAAAUGCACUUGGUCCGGUGUUUCGCGAGGUGGGAAUGAUCGAAUUGCUUUGCAGCGUAGGCGAAACAUUAAACAUAUUUUUAGAGUAAUAGGCACUACUGAAAAUGAAAAGGUUAACGAUAAAAUGGUCGCAAAGUUUCUAAUUAAUAGGCUUAGAAACGCUAAGAGACGUAUAUUGUGGAACGGCCGGAAUGGGACGGGUGCCUGA